AUGAAACCUCCAACAGACAACGACCAUGCGCCCUUGCUAGUUGCUCUCAAUGCAGCUGCACAGGUGCAUCUCAUAAUUGGCGCGACUUCCUUAGCAGCUGCGCGCUGUACGAAAAGUCUACAAGCAGGUGCCCGACCAAUCAUCCUGGCCCCAGAGGCUGCAGACAUUCAUUUCUCUUUAAGGGGGAAUAUCGAGCAGGGUUUGGCGCAAUGGGUCAAGAAAGAAUUUCAAGACCAAGAUUUGACUACACUAGGCCGGGAAGAGGUCGACCACGUUGUGGACGCUGUAUUUGUUACUUCAGGUGCUGAAACACCUCUUGUGGCACAUAUAUCUAAACUCUGUAAGCGACUGAGGAUACCGGUCAACGUGACUGAUGCGCCUGACCUGUGCACUUUUACAUUACUCUCAACGCAUUCAGAUGGACCAUUGCACAUUGGCAUCACCACAUCUGGUCGUGGGUGCAAACUCUCCUCGCGGCUAAGACGAGAAAUUGCAUCUUCGCUACCGGCUGAUUUCGGACAAGCUGUUGAUAGAUUAGGAGCUUUGAGAAGACGGAUAUGGGAGGAAGAUCAAGCAGCGGGCCGGUCCGUUGCGAAACUUGAAGUCGAAGAUGAGGAUUCGGUCGCGCAAAGUCACACAUUCAACUCUCUCGUCACGGCCGAGGACGCAAACGCCGCAAAGACAAGACGAAUGAGGUGGUUAUCUCAAAUAUGCGAAUACUGGCCCUUGCAGAGGCUUGCGUCGAUAACAGACUCUGACGUGGAUGCGAUCUUGAACGCAUAUGCAGCAGAUCAUUCCAAUGGGACUCCGCCGAAUACCGAUAUUAUCUCGAAGCGUAACCAAGGAAAGAUAAUUCUCGCAGGAUCAGGCCCUGGACACCCAGACCUCCUAACGCGAGCUACACAUAAUGCGAUUAGAAACGCAGAUAUCAUUCUAGCCGACAAACUCGUCCCAGCGCCAGUUCUAGACCUUAUUCCUCGACGGACAGAAGUCCACAUUGCGCGGAAAUUCCCUGGAAAUGCAGAUCAAGCUCAAGAAGAAUUUUUACAGAUGGGCUUGAAAGCGCUACGGGAAGGGAAACAUGUUUUACGGUUAAAACAAGGAGAUCCCUAUCUCUACGGCCGUGGCGCAGAAGAAUACGAUUUUUUCAGGAACGAGGGUUACAUCCCUGUUGUGCUUCCAGGUAUAACGAGCGCUCUGAGCGCUCCACUAUUUGCUGAUAUCCCAGCAACGCACCGUGGGGUUUCAGACCAGGUGCUUAUCUGUACGGGAACUGGGAGAAAGGGGGCAGCUCCAGAACCUCCCACUUACGUCCCAACUCAGACAGUUGUCUUCCUGAUGGCUCUUCAUCGGCUUUCCUCGCUUGUUGAAACGUUGACUAACACAGCACCUUCAGAAGAAAAAGAACGCAGAGUUCUCUGGCCAGUCAAUACACCCUGUACAGUCGUUGAACGAGCAUCUUGUCCAGAUCAGAGAAUUAUUCGCACUACAUUAGAACAUGUUUGUCGGGCAGUGGAACAGGAAGGGUCCCGGCCUCCAGGUUUAUUGAUUGUUGGCGCAAGUUGUCAUGUUCUUCAUUCCCCAGAAGGACAAAAGUGGGUUGUUGAAGAAGGGUUUCGGGGCUUGGAUGAAUUGAGAGGCGAGGCAGAGUUGCUUCUUAAUGGUGAUAACGAUACGAAAGCGUGA